CCAAAAGGAGCAGAACCACACGCAUUCCUGCUCCCAAUCUCACAGUCAAUCCAAGACAGAAGGAAAGGGGGAAGGGGAAGGAGGUAAAAAGAGUGUGGGAGAGGGGAGGAGAAGAGGGGGGAGAUCGCUGAAUGGACACAGCCCCCCAUCCCAAGCUGUUUCAGUUCCCGUCCACUCACGUGGUAGUCAGUAUAUUGUGGAGUUGGAGACAGAAUGUGGACGGCGAUGCAGGAAACAUGAGAUUUUAGAAAGGACGCGUGUCAUUGGGUCACAGGAUCGCCCCCUGGGAAGAUUUUGGAAGUCAUGGUAGUAGGAGCUGAUCUGUAUGCAGAGUGAAAUCUAUCAUGACUGGGAUGUCAUUGGCACACCGCAGAUACUGAGCCAUGGGUAACACAGAAAGUCAUAGCAGCGGCCAUGGUUAUUAUGGAGACGGCCGGCGCCAGCUCUCCCGUAAGCACAUGUCCCGCUCGCUCCGCCUGUCCAGCAAGCAGACGUACUGUUCCCGCCGUACGCCGUCUGGAAAACCGGAGCAUCGCAACUCCGAGACCAGCACGCGCUCCAGCAGCACUCCCAGCAUCCCGCAGUCACUGGCCGACCACGGCCUGGAGCCCUUCAACGACUCGGACAUGCUGCCCAACUUCAGCAGCCCCAUAUGGGUGGACCGCGUGGCCAUGAAUCUCAGACCCAUGUCCUUCCACAACCAUCCGGCCCAUUCGCCCGCCGCGACCCACACCACCAAACAGGCUAUGCAGGACGACGGCGAACCAGCAGAGGACACGACCCACGUCCAGCGCACACAGGACAGCUCCCAAGAGGCAUCCAGCUUUAAAAAGAAACGCUCUAAGUCUGCGGACAUGUGGAGGGAGGACUCGCUGGAGGUGUCCUUAUCCGACCUGAGCCAGGAUCACCUGACCAGCACGGAGGAGCUCGGAGACACGCCGGACACCUGCGAAGCCAGUUUGCAGUCGUCCGCUCAGGAGCUGCUGGACUCAAACCGUGCCAAUUCUUUAGACGAGCUCUACGGACCGAAGAGCCCCGCCUGCAGGCCCACGCACGGACGCUAUGCCAAAUGGCACAAGGGCGGCGCCACAAGCAGAGAUGGUGAUGAGGAUAAAAUGAUCUCGCCCUGUGAGGACGACGGAGCCGCCUAUGGCGCGUAUACACUGCCCUGCCGCCGGUCUCACUGUCUGUCAGAGGGACUGACCAAUCAUCAAGGAGUUAUGCAAGGGAGGCGGGCACAAACCAUACAGGAUGUCACGGUGGGAGAUGGCAGUGAUUAUGAGGACAGUGGUAUCGAUGGGCUGACUGGGGACAGCGAGGCGUCUCAGCACCACGCUCGACGCUAUAAGACCAUGUCUGCGUCUUUCUCCGCUUACUCCACGUCAGCAGGAGGCGCCUUCGCCGGGAGCGACAGUGGGAGCAGCAGCGGGGCUGGAGCGGGACCCUCAGAUGGCACACAGGGCGUCUAUGAGAACUUCCGUCAGGAGCUGGAGCAGAGCGUGAGUCCGGCGGAGGUUCCCGAGGAGAGAAGCUCAGCGUUCAGCGACGAGCAGAGCAGCGUGACGCUGAGCUCCGCUUACCACACCGACCCUCUGCUGAACGUGGCCGCCGUGCAGGGAACCGUGCGCAAAGCCGGACGCCUCGCCGUCAAAAACUUCCUGGCGCAUAAAAAGAACAAGAAGGUGGAGCUCGCGCCUCGCCGCAAGUGGAAGAGCUACUGGGUGUCCCUCAAAGGAUGCACUCUGUUUUUCUACGAGACGGAUGGCCGGUCAGGCAUUGAUCACAACAGCGUCCCUAAACAUGCCGUGUGGGCCGAGAACAGCAUCGUCCAAGCCGUCCCAGAACACCCCAAAAAAGAUUUCGUCUUCUGCCUGAGUAACUCGCUCGGAGACUCCUUCCUUUUUCAGAUUUUCCUGUGGGAGCAGAAUUUAGAGCAGUUCCACAUGGAUCUAUUCCGUUUCCGCUGUUACCUGUCCAGCCUGCAGGGCGGCGAGCUUCCCAACCCCAAACGCCUGCUGGCCUUCGCCUCCCGUCCCACCAAACUGGCCAUGGGCCGACUGGGCAUUUUUUCAGUCUCUUCCUUCCAUGCACUGGUGGCGGCUCGCACUGAGAGUGGCGUGAGGCGUAGGACACAGGCGAUGUCGCGCUCCACCAGCAAACGCAAGAGUCGCUUCUCCUCACUAUGGGGUCUGGACACCCACUCCAAGAGAAAGAGUAAAGGUCAUCCCAGCAUCAGCCAGGUUUUUGCAGAAGGAGAUGACCAAGUUAAAAGUCCUCUAGAAGGCAUGUUUGAGGGUUCUUCUUGUGAGACGAUGAAAGACACCAAGACCCCAGUGAAAGGUCUGCCAAGACCCAGCGCAGAUCAUGACAUCUGGUCCAGAGACCACCUCACUCCAUCAUGGGUGCUGCUGCCAAACGACCAGCCUGUGUUAGCCAUCAUCCAACCCGGAGAGUCGGCCCUCGACAUGCUGGAAACGAUCUGCAAGGCUCACCAACUGGACCCCACUAAACACUACGUGCGGCUUAAGUUCCUCAUUGAGAACCAAGUGCAGUUUUAUAUCCCCAAACCGGAGGAGGAUAUUUAUGAUCUGCUGUAUAAGGAAAUCGAGCUGUGCUGUAAGAUCAGGAAGGUCAUCCAGUUUGAUCGGGAUGAGUCCUGCAUGAUCGGCUAUGGGUUUUCUAUCUCUGUGGUGGAAGAGGACGGCGUACAGCAGCUCUAUAUCACUGACGUGAGAGCUGGAGGAUUAGCGUUCGCUAAAGGUCUGAACGCAGGAGAUGAGAUUCUGCAGCUGAACAGGAAGGACGCCCGCACUCUGACCUUCGCUGACAUGAAGGUGGCAUUCGCUCAGGUCUCUCUCUCUCUCACCGUCAACACACUGCCCCCUGUUGACCGCCGGCAGCUCUGCUUCCUGCCACCGAGGCGCUCGGAUGCUGUGGACAACGUCUACACGGACAUCUUCUCUCAGAGUCAGGAGGAGAUUCUUGACGAUGGAGUGGGUCUGAUUGUGGAGACUUCCGGAGACAGUUUAGACGACGACUUGGAGCUCUUCGCUGAGUUUGACGACUAUGGAAAGAGUACGGAGCAGGUCGCAGCUUUCUGCCGCAGUCUGCACGAGAUGAAUCCCUCAUCUGAGGUCGUCUCUUCCUCGUCCGGCCCGGAGUCUUCCUCACUUCCUCCGAGCAAUGCCACUCCACGCCAGCUCUCCGAUGCUGACAAACUCCGCAAAGUCAUCUGCGAACUGGUGGAGACGGAGCGCACCUACGUCAAAGAUCUGAACUGUUUGAUCGGGCGAUAUUUAACCCCGCUGCAGAAGGAGUCUUUCCUCACUCAGGAUGAGCUGGACGUGCUGUUCGGAAACCUCCCGGAGAUGCUGGAGUUUCAGGUGGAGUUUCUGAAGACUCUGGAAGACGGAACCCGGCUGGUGCCGGACCUGGAGAAACUGGAGCGAGUGGAAGAGUUCAAGAAAAUCCUCUUUUCUCUGGGCGGCUCGUUCCUGUAUUACGCCGACCGCUUCAAGAUCUACAGCGCUUUCUGUGCCAGCCACACCAAAGUGCCCAAAGUGCUUGUCAAAGCAAAAACAGACGCAGCCUUCAAGGCAUUUCUGGACGAGCGUAACCCCAAACAGCAGCAUUCAUCCACGCUGGAGUCGUACCUGAUCAAACCCAUCCAGAGAGUGCUGAAGUACCCUCUGCUCCUGAGAGAACUGCACUCGCUCACAGACCCCGACAGCGAGGAGCACUACCAUCUGAACGUUGCAAUGAAAGCCAUGAACACAGUGGCCAGUCACAUCAACGAGAUGCAGAAGAUCCACGAGGAGUUUGGAGCCGUCUUUGACCUCCUCAUCUCUGAACAGACUGGAGACAAGAAAGAGGUUGCUGACUUGUCUAUGGGAGAUUUACUCCUCCACACCAGCGUGACAUGGAUUAACCCGUCCUCCUCACUGGGAAAAUGCAAGAAAGAGCCACAGCUGGCCACAUUUGUGUUUAAAACCGCUGUCGUGUUCAUCUGUAAGGAUUACUCCAAGCAGAAGAAGAAAAUGGGUGGUUCUCAUAGAGCAUCUGUCUCAGGUGAAGAGAAAGAUCCGUUCCGUUUCCGCCACAUGAUCCCCACUGAUGCGCUUCAGGUGCGCACUCUGUCCAAUACAGAUGGAGAGAGUGCAGCUGUGUGUGAGAUCAUCCAUGUGAAGUCUGAAUCAGAGGGAAGACCAGAGAGAGUGUUUCAGCUCUGCUGCAGCUCUCCAGAGAGUAAGAAAGACUUCUUGAAGACAGUUCACUCCAUCCUGAGAGAUAAACAGCGCCGUCAGCUGUUGAAGACGGAAAGUCUUCCUCUCAGCCAGCAGUACGUUCCCUUUGGAGGAAAACGCCUGUGCGCCCUGAAAGGAGCCCGACCGGCCAUGAACAGAGCAGUAUCUGCCCCGACUCGCACUCUGGGCCGGAGGAAACUGGUGCGGAACCGCUUCACCAUCGACACAGACAUUGUUUUCGACACCGAGCCCGACAGCGACUCACCGGACUCCCAGCAUGCUCAGCAGCAGGGCGUCGUUCCGGCGGGUGACACCGACCGCUGGGUGGAGGAACAGUUCGACCUUCAGUGCUACGAGGAGCAGGAACAGGAUGUGAAGGAAACAGACAUCCUGAGCGAUGAUGACGAGUUCUGCCAGUCCGCUCUGAGCCCGUCCACCGAGCCGGACGUGGAGGGACCGCUUUCCGCCCUCUCGCUGGAGGGAGACACGGCUGAGGAGGAGGAAGAGGAGGAAGAGGAGAGCAAGAAGGACUACAAAUCACAGCAUGCCAAGCUGUCUCAUUUAGGGAAGCAGUGUGCCAUGUCAGUCGCCAGUGUGGAUGAGCAGGUGCCCGAUGAGGACAUCUGGGUGCGACGGGACAGCAGCACAGAGAACGAGGCACAGGACGAAACCCAGAGCUGAAACACAUCAGGAGACGGACACAAUUAAAGGAGUAGUUCACCCAAAAAUGAAAAUUUGCUGAAAGUUUACUCACCCA